UUGUCCAAUAAUCCGAAGAAAAACAAUACCUAACUCUACUCUAUUCUGGUUUUCGUUUUCCGGGAAAGUUUUUAAUUUCCUAGAAAAACUUUCUGCAUUGUUCGAGCUAAAGUAACAGAUGGAGGAGAAGAAUGAUUCUGUGAUCAUUGAGAUUCCAGGAGACCUUAAACAGUGGUCAGAGUGUAUGAUCUACAGAGUUCCGAGAAAGCUCCGCAAGGAAAACGAAACAAAUUUUACUCCUCAGUUAGUUUCAAUUGGCCCUUUUCACCACGGCAGAAGUGAGCUUAAAGGAAUGGAACCCCACAAGGAGAAAUACCUUGACGACUUCUGUAAACGAACUGACAAGACCGAAGAAGAUCUGGGAAACUUCGUUAGUGAGCACUCGAAAGAAAUUUUGGCUGCUUAUGCAGGUACCAUUGAGGAGUUCCCUCUCCAAGUGUUUGAUCAAAUGAUUCUCAGAGACUCUUGCUUCAUACUCGAGCUGUUGUGCCUGUUUGCUGAGAAGAAAUAUCAUGAUCAAGAUGACUACAUAUUGAGAACUACAUGGCUGAGGAAUGCUAUAAAGCUGGACUUGGUUCUUUUUGAGAAUCAGCUUCCUUUCUCUUUUCUAGAGAAGUUAUAUGCCUUCGCCGAGCCUCGACAUGAGAUUGAGAAUUUACUUGGAAGCUCUCAAGUCCAGACCAUUCCUUAUCCCGACUCAGAAGAAGGCUGUGGUAUCAAUUCUUGUAUCCAUUUCAUUAAAGGGAUUUUAUCAUUUAAAUUUUCUCAUUGUGUCAGCGGUCCGAAGAAUCCUGAAGAAGAUAUCAAUAGUAGUACUAGUAGGAAUAGUACUGACAAUGAUGACCAUACAUUGUUGAAGAUUACCUAUAAUUUCUUUGCAAAUCUCUGUCCUGGGAUUGGUGCGGGGAAAGAAUUUGAUAGGAAAGAAAUUAAGCAUUUUACUGAUUUGUUCAGACAUUUUUGGCUUUCAAGGGAUUUCAAUGAAGGCCGAAAGCUUGGUAGUCCCUUCAAACAUGAGAAGUACCUCUACAGCGCAACAAAGCUGAACAAAGCCGGUGUUAAGUUUGUUCCCUCGGCAAACGAACAAGCAAGCUUGGUCGAGUUUAACAUUACAGAGAGGCGCCCCUUGUUUAACAUCAUACCAUUUUUGAAUACUCUGAAAGUUGAGCUUCCUCCAUUCGAGAUACAAGGCAACACAGAAACCCUUAUGGGAAAUGUCAUCGCAUUGGAGCAGUGUCUCUAUCCAGACAAGGCUUACAUCUGCAACUACGUUGCUCUGAUGAGUCAACUAGUUGACACUGUUGAGGACAUUGAGUUUCUGGUUGAGAAGAGGAUCAUUAAGAACAUGCUUGGCAGCAACACGGAGGUGGCUGACUUGGUUAACAGGCUCUCCUAUAGAAUCACUGAAUCACAUUUUGUUUAUGCUAUUAAAUGCAAGCAGCUUAACAAGUUCUACGAGACUAAGUUCAACGUUUUAAGGGCAACCCUCAAAAGGGUGUACUUUAAUGAUCUUUGGACAGGAAGUUCCACUGUGCUUGGCCUUUGUAUCCUCUUGUUUUCAGUCUCUUCAACCAUUAAGACUCUGUUUUUCCCUGAGCACUAGUUUAGUGAAGUUUACUAGUUUAGUUGGAUGGUAAUAUUAACCGUUGGAUGAGGGGGGAUGUAUCUUCUCUAACCAUUGUUUUAGCCACAUAUCUUUUGGCAGAGUAUCUUUGUAAAAAUUUAUUGCUAUUUAAUUAUGAUGUAAUAAUAUAAGUUGAGAUGUCAAAAGGAUAGGAAAUUCUCUUGUUGGCCCUCAAUUUUACUUUUUAUUCUUCAGCAGGGGA